AUGAUCCGUUGGAUAUUUUACGUUGCAGUGGGGAUUGCACACGCCGCGGGAAAGUGUGAUUUUGGAAGGCUCUCUGGAGCGAGUCAUGAGCUGCGAUACGAUGACUCUGAGAUCCCUCAGUAUCAAAAGCUGUGCGAGCAGCUCUCUCAUUGCGACCACCCAGAGGCCGAAGCGCUUCGGAACCAGCUCCUCUACAAAAGUGGGCUUAUCCAAGUAUCGAGCGGGCAAGAGCUAGCAGCGGCAGAGACUUUAGAGCAGAUCCUGGGAUCCUCGGACGUAAAGUUCCAGUCACAGGCUUCCAAGAGGCUCGACGAGAUAUAUCUUCAGUUCGGGUUUUGGGACAAAUUGAAAGGCGAAGGGGGCAAAAAGCAGGAGUACGAAGCGCUCCGGAAUGCGGUAGUUGUACAGCUCUCACGCAACCAGGCUGUGCCACAUGAGUCGCUAGCGCAGCUAGAAGAAAUAGCGCCUUUCGCCCUCGAAACUCGAAUUCUUCUUAACGACGCAUUGCUGCGGGAGCUGGGAGAAACACUCGACAUAAACGCUGCACAAAGCAUAAUUGAGAAUUACAAGAUUAUUCUCACCAAACACAAGAAACUUGUUAACGUACAGGAUAAGCUACGCAUUCACCACGCUGUUGCGGUACUUCAAAUGUUCGUCAUGGCAACUCCUCCGACGAAUCUCCUAAGCUGUUUGGCGUUGGAUAUGGACUACAAGCCGUGCCGGGAGCUAUCGAAGCUCUCCAGCAAGCUUAACAGAAUAAAUCCUCCACUAAAUGCAGUUACACACCCGGACCAAUUUUUGUCGUUGUCACAAUUCGACUGGGCAAAGUUGGUAGAUUUUUACCUUAAUGCUCCAAGCAUCAAGUUUACUGGGACGAGUUCAGCAAAAAACAAUUUUGAUUUGCUAAGCUCCAUUCAGCGCCAACUGCUUCAAAACCUUCUUUCAGAACGGCCUCUUUCCCUGAUCAAGAAUAAAUGGAAACUUGGUAAGCGCAAGUCUGCUUUUACAACUAAUCAAAACCAGCUAGUGUGUGAAGGUUAUGACGCAAUGCACAAGUCCAAAUUAGCUGAACCUUACUGCCAAGCUGCCUUGGGCGAAAAAUUACCGGAAAACUCUGCCAAGGCUCUUAGCGAAUUUACUGAUAACUUUCAAAACCAACAGGCAGUACAGGAUGUAUUAAACAGCUUAUGGCAGGACUCACCUUCUCUAGCAGCUCAUGCAGUCAGAAAAAUCGUGUCUUCUUUGGCUGCUCACGAGAAAAAUCAGAAGAGCGGAAACACCGCUCAGGUUUGGUUCUUUCUUGAGAGCUUCACAAAAAACCAUAACUGGGCCCAGUCCAGCAAUAGCGGUUUGUCAAAAAUAGCGAAACACAUUAGUAGCAUCUCUGCAAAGAGAAAACAGCAGCAACAACAACAACAGCAGCAACAGCAACAACAGCAUUUCUUUAGACAGCAAAGACAACAGCAAAGACAGCCGCCUCCAGCUCCAAAUGAUAUGUCGAAGAAAAAUUACUAUAAAGUUCUUGAAGUCACCCCACAAGCCACGAGCAAAGACAUUCGUAAAUCAUACUUGUCAAUGACAAGAAAGUACCACCCAGACAAACAGGGGCAGCUUUCUGAAUCACAGAAAUUACAAAACCAGGAGAGAAUGUCGGAGAUUAAUGAAGCAUACGAAAUAUUGAGUGACGAAGGCAAGAGGAAAGAAUACGAUGAUCAAAGAGCAGGACGUGGCCAACAAAGACAGGGCUUUCCAUUCGGACAAGGUGCGAACGGAGGGUUUCCUUUCGGAGGCGGUAGUUUUAAGAUGAAUUUUGGAGGUUUUUAG